GGCUGUAAAAAAAAAAAAAAAAAAAAAGAAAAGAACUAGACAAUAAACGGGUCGGACUUUCGGCGGAGAUGGAUUCCGGAGCAAAAGUAAAAAAGGGAGCUGGUGGGAGGAAAGGCGGAGGUCCGAAGAAGAAGCCUACUUCUAGGUCAGUCAAAGCCGGUCUUCAGUUUCCUGUUGGGAGAAUAGGGCGGUACUUGAAGAAGGGAAGGUAUGCGCAGCGGGUUGGAUCCGGAGCUCCAGUUUACAUGGCUGCUGUUCUCGAGUACCUAGCUGCUGAAGUAUUGGAAUUGGCUGGUAAUGCAGCUAGAGAUAACAAGAAGAACAGGAUAAUACCAAGGCAUGUAUUGCUUGCAGUUAGAAAUGAUGAAGAGCUUGGAAAGUUGCUUGCAGGAGUGACCAUUGCUCAUGGAGGUGUUCUUCCCAAUAUUAAUCCUGUUCUUUUGCCCAAAAAGUCAGAGAAGGCUACUAAAGAUAAGGAACCUAAAUCUCCAUCUAAGGCAACAAAAUCUCCAAAGAAAGCUUAAGUCAUUUCUGUUGUUAUUCUCUUGAUCUUGUUGUAUGUGAUUUAGAGUAUAUUUUGUUAAUGUGUAGGAAAAUUGAGUUGAUGGAUUUUGAAAAUUUGUGUAGUCCCUUUAUCUUUCUGAUAGAUGUUAGGAUUGACAUUUGAGAUUAAUGGAUGGAACUUUUUUUUUUUUUUUU